CCUCACUUUUUCCGCUUAAUAUAAGAUUUCUAACGGUUUAGACGAAACACAUAAUUAAUUAUAAGCUGUAUUUAAAUUGAUUUACUGGUGCGACAGUAAACCAUGUGACCGGAAACGAAGUUAUCCGACGUUAGCUUCGAAUAAAGGUUCGUGUGAGACACUUUACCGUAAAGUCGACAUGUUGACGCAAAUUCACCCAAAUUCACUUCUCUCUGAGUAAUAUAAGUAGUUACUGCUUUCAAAAUGUUCAAGUAUGAAAGUAUAAGAAAGGUACCCAAUGUAGUAACAAUAUACAUGAUUCUGAACGCCUACUUUUACAUUGUUAGCUUUACUAUUAUAGAAUAUUAACUUAUUUUCUUCCAUACUUGUACAAGUACUUUCAUUUAAUACAUCUGUAUGUACAAUAUAUAACAUGUGAUAUAAUGCGUUGAUGCACUCCUACUAUAGUAAUAAUAAAGAUGCAUCUUCUUCACCCUGAAAGCCAUUGUUUAUACUUUGUAAAAACGUUUGCCAGUGAAUAAAACUACAAUUUAAUAAUAUUUUGUGAUGCAAAAAAUUGGUUAAAUUAUUUCUUAUAUCGUGAUGUAUUUUGAUUUAUUACUUCUAAUUUAUUUUAUUUUCAUCUUCAUCUCUGCAGGGAGCCAACCAAUCCUGUCCUCCACUCCUCUGCAGGUCCUCUUCUACCUGAACAGCUGGUACUUUGCUGCCUUCUACCUGGCAGAGAUCCUGAUGUUCAUCUAUAAAGACGUCCCCGUGCCGACUCUCCUCCUCCUGCAGGGAUCCUCCUCCCCUACCCGGCCGAUAACCUGGUUCUGGACGUGGUUCUGCUGGCGCUGUUCCUCGGUCUGGAGACGCUGCGGCUCUUCUACGGCUGGAAGGGGAACCUGUGUGAGCGCCCCCUGGCCUCCUGCGCCGCGCUCCUCGUCCUCCUGCCCUGCGCCGCGCUGGCCGUCUACUUCCUGCUGCUGCAGACCUUCGUCCUGCGGCUGGAGUUCCUCCUCAGCGCCGGCCUGCUCUGCUUCUACGGCCUGGAGCUGCUGCUGGGCCUCCUCUCCGUGGCGGCCUUCUCCAGGUGGGCGGGUCCUGCAGGGUCCUGCAGGGUCCUGGGCCUCCGACGUGGGGGUUCUCAGUCCAAUAAUUAUCUUUUAUAUUCAAAUUCAUACCUAAAUUGUUUCUUCUUCUGAUAGGUCCAAAGUUUACUGAAGAAGACACAAGUUUGACUUCACCUGAAACAGAGUGGACACAACCGUGUAAAUAAAACAAAUAUAUUUUCAUAUUAAAAUCUCAA